AUGCCUUUUGUUCCAGCUUACGCCGACGCGGAAUACCAGUCUACACACUACAAUCUGUUCAAGGACAGCAUCACUGUUCCAUUGAAAUCGGUUCUACCACCUGGAAUCUCACGGAACGUCUUUGACACGGCAAUCAAAAAAUAUAAGAGCGUUGUCGGUGACGAGCAGGUUUACCAGGACGAUGCAUUAGCAGAAUACAUUGAUCCAUAUGAACUACAUGAGGCGGAAGGAAAGCGCAGCAUGCCUAGCGCAGCUGUACGACCGAAGAAUGUAGAAGAACUAAGAAAUGUCCUCAAAAUCUCGAAUGACUUUGGCAUCCCAGUGUGGACAUUUUCUAGAGGGAAGAACCUUGGAUAUGGUGGACCUGCUCCUCGUGUAACUGGCUGCAUAGCUCUCGACCUCCAUCGUAUGGACAAGAUCAUCGAAGUAAAUGCUGAAUUCGCAUACGCCGUUGUCGAACCUGGUGUCACGUUUACUGACCUCUACGAUUACUGCGUCAAGAACAAACUCAAUGUUUGGCCCUCCGUACCAUCUCUCGGCUGGGGCUCUGUCGUUGGAAAUACUCUGGAUCGCGGGACAGGUUUCACGCCUACAGCAGCACACCACCAGCACAUUGCCGGGCUCGAGGCUAUGCUUGCAAACGGCGAACUAGUACGAACGGGCCAAUUUUCCAUUUCAAACUCGCCCUCUGCCCAUCUCUCGAAGUUUACCUUUGGUCCCAGCAUUGAAGGCCUGUUCCUACAGUCGAAUCUUGGCAUAGUGACUAAGCUCGGCAUCUGGCUUACACCUGCACCCCAAGCUUUCAUGUCUUGCGCCUUCGACAUGCCUGAUCUAGAAGACGUAGAAACCAUCGUCGAUGUCUUCGGGCCACUACGGCGCGAUGGUUUGCUCCCAAACACCGUCUACGUAUCCAACGUUACCGAGUGGUUCGGUAUGAUGGGCCCACGAGAAGACUUCUGGCCACAUGAUACACCAAUUCCCGACUGGCGCAUCAAGGAACUCCAGAAGCAGUUCGGUCUCGGAUACUGGAAUGCCAAGUUCGGGUUAUACGGUGCAAAGGAUGUGAUACAAGCACAUUUUGACCAGCUCAAGAAGAUCGUGGCCGAAAAGGCGCCCAAAGGUAGCCUCACAGGCAAGAUUUACUCGGCGCCCGAUGGACAAACCCUAGACCCUACUUCCAUCCCAGAACAAGAUGGCGGUUUCUUCGUCGGCAUUCCGACGCUUUGGUCGCUUCCGAUGGUGAAAUUCCGACUCCCCAAGUCUGGCGGUGGCAUCGGUGCGCACUACGACUACAGCCCCAUCAUCCCCGCCAGCGGCAAAGAAAUUCUUUCUUGGAUCAAGAUUGCGAAGAAAAUAUGCGAGGCGGAGAAAUUCGAUCUCUUCUGCGACUUCUUCUUCCACGAGCGCCACGUUAUCUUUGUGAAUAUGUUUACCUUCGACAAGACGAAUGCUGUGCACAGGAAAGCUGUGCAGACAAUAUUUGACAACUUGUUUGAGGCAGGGAAGAAGAGGGGAUACAGCAAGUAUCGGAGCCAUGUGAAUACUAUGGACCGUGUUGCUUCGCUUUACGACUUUAACAAUCAUGCAUAUCGCAGGUUUGUCGAGACGAUCAAGGAUGCUGUGGAUCCGAAUGGCAUUCUCUCGCCAGGGAAGCAGGGGAUAUGGCCGAAGCGGUUCCGGGGGGAUGACAUUCCGAAGGCGAACUUGUAA